CUUGCAAGGGAACGUCACGCUGUCACGAGGGGGUAGGCAGGCUGCGAGGUUUGAAUAGGGGAAGUUGACAGAGCGCAGCGCUUUGCUUUGAGUUCAGUGUUUGCAAAUAUAGCGUGAUCUCAACAGCGGAGAGAGAGAGAGUGAGAGAGAGACAGACCAGCGGACUCCGAGCGAGCAGAGCGACGGCUGCACUGCGUUGCUGGUGCACGAAGAGGACGCUUGUUUGUCACAUUGCAUUCUUUUAUCUUUACUGAAGAAUAUCGUUUUCUCUUCGUUUGCCUAACGCGUGGGAUUGCGAUGGAUGUUCUACCGAUGUGCAGCAUUUUUCAGGAACUUCAGAUCGUUCAUGACACUGGCUAUUUCUCUGCGUUGCCAUCGCUCGAAGAAUACUGGCAACAGACAUGUUUGGAGCUGGAGAGAUAUUUGCAGAGCGAGCCGUACGUCUCCGCGUCGGAUCUCAAGUUGGAGGCCCAGGAGGAUCUUUGGAGCAAGCUCAUUUUGGCUUGUGGAGAUAAGAGAGAUGGCAACGGCAACCUUCCCAACAUCAAGGAGGAAGACAAUCAUGACUGCCAAAUAUUAGAAACCAACUCGGAUGCCAGCAGCGAGGCGUCCGACAGCUCGGAGGAGCUCUCGCCCACUCACAUCUUUACCUCCAACCCGCUGGGCUCGGUUCUGACCGAGUCAGCGCAUCACUUGAGUUCCUCGAUCAUCAGCACGCCUCCGUCCUCCCCGGAGACGCCACAGGAGCCCGGCAUCCCGCAGGUGUGGGGGUCCACGCAGACGGACUUGCACGUGCCGACGAAAGUCCGGCAAAACGGGCUGGGGAAGGCCUCGGAUAAGACUUCCGCCGGAGGGGACGCCUCUCCGGAUGGAAGGAGGAGAGUGCACAGGUGUCACUUCAACGGCUGUCGGAAGGUUUACACGAAGAGUUCUCACUUAAAAGCACAUCAGCGGACUCACACAGGUGAAAAGCCGUACAGGUGUUCAUGGGAAGGCUGCGAGUGGCGCUUUGCGAGAAGCGACGAGCUAACCCGACACUUCAGGAAGCACACCGGUGCAAAGCCAUUUAAAUGCAGCCACUGUGACAGGUGUUUCUCCAGGUCGGACCACCUGGCCCUGCACAUGAAGAGGCACCUUUGAGCAGACUGUAGCUUCACGCUGGGGAUAUGUUGUGUCCUGACCAGCUUCCUGGUUGACCUGGCCCUGCAAGGAGUUGGGGGGAGUGUGUUCCAGCCAAAGCAUGCCAUUUUGCACCAUAUCCUGUGCCUCUAUGAGCCCCGGGAUAAAGGCGGACUGUCUGGUUGUUAAAACGAAAAGGAAGGGACAAAAUCGCGAAUGAAGAAUCCAAGAGGAUGAUUUAUAUAAAAACUGAAAAAGUACAAAAAAAGAGCGAAUGAAUGGUGUGUUGUAUGGUGCAUGAUGUUUUGGGACAACUCCUGGACAAUACACUGGUACUUUAAAAACAAAUCCUAACGAAAGCCUGUUUGAUGCGAGCGGAUGAAUGUCCCGUGUGCGAGAAGAGGGGUGGGAGGGGUGUACCAGUGUAUCGCUGUGGGCUGAAUGGUGUCGGGGAACAAGUUCCGUUUUUGUUUCCACACGGUAUGCAGAGAAGUCUGAAUGAAGCCGUGAGACUGAGAACUCUUGGCAGACGCCCUCGUGGCAAGAUAGCGGCCAGGGUUUCACCCCAUGCCCCAUCUUGGGUGGGGUGUUAGGGGCGAACUUCAGUCCUGAAUGAAAGAGUAGCUUUUUUGGUGUUCGGUGCAGCUACUAAAUGUGCAAUGUGUUCGUAGCUUGUUAUUUGACAGGCUACAAAAGCUCAUUUGUAGUCCGUUGUAUAAGCUGUGUGCUUAGAGAUGUAACACAAUUAUAACUUCACUAUCAUAAACAGGUGUUGCAUGGUAUUGGGGUUUGUAUUCUUUUGUAAUCGGGACUGCAAAUAGAUUCCAAUAAAGCGCAGCUAAAUACAAUUGGUUAAAUGUUACAAUAUUGUACAUAUUCGCAUUGAUCUUUUUUUUUUUCUUUCUAACGGUGGAGGAAACCUGCGAUCAUUUCAUACUCAUUACUCAUUUCAUCACGAGGACUAAUUUCUCUCUUUCUAUCUUUCUACUUUACCUGUUGUUAAUGCACUGUUGGCCUUAAUGGUGCCUUAUGCAAGUGACCUUGCCCCUUGAGGGUCACAAAAUGUCUUGUGAUUUAAAAAAGCUUUAUUAAGGCUCUGUUUUACCUGAAAAUGCACCUUUCCUUAAUUUUUUAUAUUUUUUUUGAAGCCACUGUAACCACACCCUUGUAGAUACGUAAUGUAUUGUAAAUGUUGAGCAUGCUAUUUCAUUCAUUUUCACAUUUGCCCCCAAAUUUUGCGAAAUUUUAAAAUGGAGCACUUAAAGUUACAAAUUUGGUAUCUGCUGAAUGGCUUUCAAAUGCAAUGUUUUAGAUCUUCAGAGGUAACAAAAAGUGUGUGUGUGAACAGGCUGUUGUGUAACACAAGGCUCGAAUGCUUGUGUGGAAUGCCAACCCCCACCCCAAUCCCUGUCCCCUGUAACCAAGAAUAAAGAAAAAACACCUAAAGAUUUAUUGUAAUUAACAAGCUCCACUCAGACAGGCCUUGCCUUGUACUGCCUCGCUGUAAUGAAUUGCUGAAGGCCCUGCUUGCUACAGACUGCUGACUCGGCCCGUUCGAUAUUGACCUGUCUGGGUGCCGCUGUUUUAGUCCAGCGACAGUAUUGUGGAAACAGUGCACAGCCAUUCAGAUAGAUAAAGAUAUAUCAUCCCCCUUUUCAACAUUUACAAUGAAAACUUAUAGACACGGAGUCAAAAGACCCUUAGUUGUGUUUGGACUUUUUUUUUUUGUUUCUCGGACCAAAUGAUUGAUUUUUUUUGUAUAUAGUUCUAAAAGCAUUAUACUCGAACAGUGUCGAGCAUAUAAGUGUUAUGCCGCGGUUUGUUGAGCAAUGUUUGACAAAGUUGCAAGUCGAGCAGCUACGUAGCUAUGGAUUGUUCCAGCACCAGAAGUAACUUGAAGCAGUUUGCGCUGCCAUAAAAUGAGACCAGCCAGGGUUUUGUGGGCAAAGAACAUUGUGUCUUUCCAACAGUGGCCAAUAUUAGUCAAGUGGUAAUGGAGCCUUAAUCAAGUUUUCCAUUUGCUUGCUUCAACCAACACUUUCUAUCGUUCAUCGUUUCUCUCAUUGAAUCCUUCUUGUCUAAAACAAUAUUUCUACAAAAGAAUAAAGACCGAAAAGUAAGGACGGGAAAAAAAAACUUUUCUAAGAUUUUUAUUUGUUUUUGCUUUUUAUGAAUUUUUAUUUGAAAUUGUUUUGCAAAAUUGUUAUAUUUCUGUAUGAAUGUAUUUUUUAUUGGAAUAAUAAGAGAUUCUUAUCAGACAA